GCCCUCCUCAGCAGCGUCCCAUCCACAUGGCCCUCCUGGAUCUGGCCUCUCCUGCAACCUGCUCGCAUAGGGAUAGCUCCUCGUAUCGACUCUCACCUCCCGCAUCCCGUAGUCAACUCUGGUCUCCCACGUCAAUUGACAUCUACCUCCUCUGCAUCUUUGGAUUCAAACCUUCAAGGAUAUUGCUGGGAAUACAGUGGGUGCUUACAGGUGUUCGAGCACGUGCGGAUGAGUUUUAUGAAUAUUAGGGGCCUGUCGGAUCCAAAUGACAGACAUCAGAACACGGAGUUUCAAAAAUUGAUGUGCGAUCUGGAAACAAAGGGGAUAGCUGGACCCAAAGAAGACCUAACUCCCUGCUUCAGCUGUCUCCAGCAAACCUCUCUUGAAACUUCACUAAUCGCCGCCCUCUCAGCCACGUUCCACAACUUCUGCGGCACCACUCGUCCAUCCGCUUAUCUUUUCCUCAUCUCUCUCAUCGAUAUCCUAAAUAAAGCCCAUACACCCUCCUCCGUCACCCCACUCCCAGAUUCCAUCAUGCAAAUCACGACCCUCUCCACACUCUUCACGUCCUCCCCCGGUUUAAAUGAGGUCCCGUCCUCUCAAACCGUGAGCGCGAGCACGAUCACAAUGCCACCGUUCCCAAGCCAGUAUCUAACGCAGAUACCAGAAGGCUGGCCCUACAACUCCGGCUACGGGUUGGCGCGCCGACCAGGACUAAGCGCAACAUUCACGGUUACCGAUGAACUACAUAAACCGGCGGGUCUAGUUAUUAAUAGUUUGAAAUGGUAUCCGCGGCCGUUGGGCAAGCAGAAACCUAUUAAAGUCACGGAUGAGCGGCCAAAGUGGAUAUGGAGUACUACCACAGUUGCAUCUGGAACUAGUUCUGCUUCAGUUAGUUUGUUGAGUGCGAGAUCGAAAACGCCGACGACAUACACGCUUAUACAUGAUGAUUCGAUGUCGUCGAGUUCUAGUUCAGAUUCGAAGGAUACUUAG